CAGAUGCCCGUAGCUACUUCCUUGGAUAAAGAUGCAAUUCGUGAAGCAUAUGAAGAUGUACGUUCUGAUCUCACAGACACGGAAUGGGCCGUCUUUAAGUUUGAUGGACCUCGUAUAUUAUGUACGGCACGUGGACAAUGCUUUGAAGAGUUCCGUAACCAAUUCGGUGACAAUGAACGUGCAUUCGGUUAUAUUAGAAUACAAAUGGGUGAUGAAAUGUCGAAGAGGAAAAAAUUCAUCUUUCUAACAUGGAUCGGUCAAGAUGUUGGUGUAAUUCAACGUGCUAAAAUGUCUACAGAUAAGGCACUCAUUAAGGAUGUAUUAAAUAAUUUUGCCGUUGAACUACAGGCCGGCGUGGAUAAUGAAUUAGACAUUGAACUUUUCCGGGAUGCACUUAAUCGUGCUGGCGGUGCUAAUUAUGGAACUGGUGUGCGUGAUUUGUAAAACAACUUAAUAAAUGGGUGUCGCAGCAAUAAAUAU